UGCCGCGUCUGCGGGAAGGAGCCGGGAGCGAGCCGGAGCCCAAGCGAGUAACCGAGAGGCCCGUGGAGCCGCGCGGGGAACGCCCGGGCGCAGCUGAGCCGGAGGCCGAGGCUGCGCGGCCCAUGGGCCCGGCCCGGCGUGGCACCGAGGGAGUCGUGGGCUGUCCAGAAGCGGAGGAGCGAGGCGCCGCGGCCUGAGUGAGAAUCGAUGAAAAGAGCAUGACUUUUGGAGGGAGAAGACUUACUUUCACAUCCCUGCUUCACUUCCUAAUUUUGUGAUUUGGAGUUUUGUUGUAAGAAUAUAGUGCAUCAGUAGAAAGAUUGCCAGUGUCCAGGAACCAUAGAGAAUCUUCUCUACAGUGUGAACAAGAAAUAUCUGGUGCAAGAUGUUGACAUUGAAAACUUGGAUAGUACAAGCACUGUUUAUUUUCUUCAUCAGUGAAUCUGUAGGUGAACUUCUAGAGCCAUGUGGUCAUAUUAAACCUGAAUCUCCAGUUGUACAACUUGGUUCUAAUUUUACUGCAGUUUGUGUGCUAAAGGAAAAAUGCAUGGAUUAUUUUCAUGUAAAUGCUAGUUACAUUUUCUGGAAAACAAACCAUGUUACUGUUCCUAAAGAACAAUAUACCGUCAUAAACAGAACAGCAUCUAGUGUCACGUUUACAGAUAUAUCUUUAUUAAAUAUUCAGCUCACUUGCAACAUUCGUACAUUUGGACAGAUUGAUCAGAAUGUUUAUGGAAUCAGAAUAAUUUCAGGCUUGCCUCCAGAAAAACCUGAAAAUUUGAGUUGCAUUGUGAAUGAAGGAAAGAAAAUGAUGUGUCAGUGGGAUCCUGGAAGGGAAACAUACCUAGAAACAAAUUUCACUUUAAAAUCUGAAUGGGCAACAGAGAAGUUUGCUGAUUGCAAAACAAAACGUGACACCCCCACCUCAUGCACUGUUGAUUACUCUCCUGUUUAUUUUGUCAACAUUGAAGUCUGGGUAGAAGCGGAGAAUGCCCUUGGGAAGGUUACAUCAGAUCAUAUAAAUUUUGAUCCUGUAGAUAAAGUGAAGCCCAAUCCACCACAUAAUUUAUCAGUCAGCAACUCAGAGGAACUGUCUAGUAUCUUAAAAUUGACAUGGAUCAACUCAAGUAUUCAGAGUUUUAUAAGACUGAAAUAUAACAUUCAAUAUAGGACCCGAGAUGCCUCAACUUGGAGCCAGAUCCCUCCUGAAGAUACAGCAUCCAGUCGAACUUCAUUCACUGUCCAGGACCUUAAACCUUUCACAGAAUAUGUGUUUAGGAUUCGUUGUAUGAAGGAAGAUGGUAAAGGAUUCUGGAGUGACUGGAGUGAAGAAUCCAGUGGGAUCACAUAUGAAGACAGACCAUCCAAGGCACCCAGUUUCUGGUAUAAGAUAGAGCCAUCCCAUACUCAUGGCUAUAGAUCUGUACAACUCAUAUGGAAGACAUUGCCUCCUUUUGAAGCCAAUGGAAAAAUUUUGGAUUAUGAAGUGACUCUCAUAAGAUGGAAAUCGCGUUUACAGAAUUACACAGUUAAUGACACAAAAUGGACAGUAAACAUCACAAAUGAUCGUUACAUAGCAACUCUGACAGCAAGAAAUCUGGUUGGCAAAUCAGAUGCAGCUAUUUUAACUAUCCCUGCCUAUAACUUUCAAGCUACUCGUCCUGUCGCGGAUCUUAAAGCAUUUCCCAAAGAUAAUAUGCUUUGGGUAGAAUGGACUGCUCCAAAUGAAUCUGUAAAUAAGUAUAUACUUGAGUGGUGUGUAUUAUCAGAUAAAUCGCCGUGUAUCCCAGAGUGGCAACAAGAAGAUGGUUUUGUACAGCGCACCUAUCUAAGAGGGAACCUAGCAGAGAGCAAAUGUUAUUUGAUAACAGUUACUCCAGUAUAUACUGAUGGACCAGGAAGCCCCGAGUCUAUAAAGGCAUACCUUAAACAAGCUCCACCUUCCAAAGGACCUACUGUUCGGACAAAAAAGGUGGGAAAAAAUGAAGCUGUCUUAGAGUGGGACCAACUUCCUGUUGAUGUUCAGAAUGGAUUUAUCCGAAAUUAUACUAUAUUUUAUAGAACCAUCAUUGGAAAUGAAACUGCUGUGAAUGUGGAUUCCUCCCACACAGAAUAUACACUGUCCUCUUUGACCAGUGACACCUUGUACAUGGUACGGAUGGCAGCAUACACAGACGAAGGUGGAAAAGAUGGCCCAGAAUUCACGUUUACUACACCAAAGUUUGCUCAAGGAGAAAUUGAAGCCAUAGUUGUGCCUGUUUGCCUAGCAUUUCUAUUGACAACCCUUUUGGGAGUAUUGUUCUGCUUUAAUAAGCGAGACCUAAUUAAAAAACAUAUCUGGCCUAAUGUUCCAGAUCCUUCAAAGAGUCAUAUUGCCCAGUGGUCACCUCAUACACCUCCUAGGCAUAAUUUUAAUACAAAAGAUCAAAUGUAUUCAGAUGGCAAUUUCACUGAUGUAAGUGUUGUGGAAAUAGAAGCAGCAAAUGACAAAAGGCCUUUUCCAGAAGAUCUGAAAUCACUGGACCUAUUCAAGAAGGAAAAAAUCAGUACUGAAGGACACAGCAGUGGUAUUGGAGGGUCUUCGUGCAUGUCGUCCUCUAGGCCCAGCAUUUCUAGCAGUGAGGAAAAUGAGUCUGCCCAGAACACCUCAGGCACCGUCCAGUAUUCCACAGUGGUGCACAGUGGCUACAGACACCAGGUUCCGUCAGUCCAAGUCUUCUCAAGAUCCGAGUCCACUCAACCCUUGUUAGAUUCCGAAGAGCGGCCAGAAGAUCUACAGCUGGUAGAUAACACAGAGAGCAGUGUUGGCAGUUUGCCCAGGCAACAGUAUUUCAAACAGAACUGCAGUCAGCAUGAAACCAGUCCAGAUAUUUCACAUUUUGAAAGGUCAAAGCAUGUUUCAUCAGUCAAUGAAGAAGAUUUUGUUAGACUCAAACAGCAGAUUUCAGAUAUUUCACAGUCCUACGGAUCUGGGCAAAUGAAAAUGUUUCAAGAAAUUUCUGUAGCAGAUGCUUUUGGUCCACGUACUGAGGGACAGAUAGAGAGAUUUGAAACAGUUGGGAUAGAGGCUGAAGUUGAUGAAGGAAUGCCCAAAAGCUACUUACCCCAGACUGUCAGACGAGGUGGCUACAUGCCUCAGUGAGAGACUGGGUCCUGUUAAAACUUCACCAGUACCUGUAAACUAAAGCUAACUUUAACUGUUAAUCUUCACUCACAGAAGAUGAUCAUUUGCCCUUAAGGACAACAAUAAACUGGCCUCCCACGUGGGCGGUUUCCCUUCCAGAAUAUCUGGGAUUCUACUUUCAAGCACUACAAACACUGACUUCAUCCUCUGAAUAGCUGAAUAAUUUUGUGCUGUUUCAGGAUGUUUGCACUGAAGAACAACAGAAAGCUUGUCUGAAAUUUAUAAGUUUUCUGUAGCUAGACAACAGAUGGUCUUUAAGUAAACAGUGAUGUACUUAGCAAAGCUCUACUGAUUUUAAUGAGAAUAGUCACCAAAUAAAGUGGCUGAGAGUGAAGGUAAAAAAAAUUAGAUGAGCAAGGUCUAGACCCUCUACUUCAGCUGACAGCAUAAGGAGAGUGUUAGGUAGCAUAACUGUAUAAACCCAGUUUUUGUUGUCUGACCAAAACCAACUAAAAAACUAGUGGGCUGAAUUAUAAUCUUGCCAACAUGAAAUAUUAGACAUUCUCUUCCAUUGAUGUACUGAUGCCAGCUACUAAAUGGAAUUCUAGAGUUUUAAUUUUGCAGAUUAAAAAAUAUAUUUUUGAACAUUAUAGAAUGAUAAGUAAAUUUUCAAAAAUUUGCUUUCUGUCAUUAUUCACAGUCUGUUUGAAGAUCCAUUUCACAAAUUCAGCAGUUAAGAGUGCCCGGUUAAAAGCUAGUAAUGAAUGCCAAAGCAUCUUAACCAUUUUAAAAAUUCUUUGCCUUUUUUUUGUAUAUAUAAACAUUGACCCUUUUUGUUAAAAUUUUAGAGAAUUUGGUUGAUGAGAAGCACUUUAUAUCUCCAACUUAAAAUGUGUUUUAAUAUGCUUUGCUUUUAUUUUUAAGUAGGCCAAGAUUGGAAGGUUUUUCUUCUAGUAGCUGUUUAAACAAACUGAGAAGACACAGGCAGUACUUAAAUAAAACCCCACCCAGAACUGUAUAUGUUGAGGUUAAUUAAUAUCAGAGAAUACCCUGUUUUAGAGGCACUUAAUGAAGAGAGAGUAUUUUAACACUUGCUAGUUCUGUGAUUUAGAGAGAUUUUAAACCUCUUCCCAGAGAGAAGUGAGCCAGGGCUCCAGAGUUUAGCACUAACCCCACUUUCACAUUUAUGCCAUACCCUACCCACCACAUUUGACAGGAGGCAAAUGGUAUCAAGUAGAGUUGCAAAAAGUAUGUUACGGUUUUUUAUCGUACUUAAGUCACAAAAACCAGGCCCACUUAAAAUGGUUUGUAGAGGUUAUUCAAGAAUAAUAGGCUAGGAGAAGUUGGUAUACAUUUAUAGUUGAAAUCUAAUUCUGCUCAUUAUAUGUGAUUCUGUUUGUAGAAAUGUUAUCCUUUGUAUUCUUGCCUGGUAUCUUUCAGACUCCUUUCACACACAGAGUCUUUAUGAGACAGGGCAGAUGCAACAUGAGAUUGGUAGAAUGACGGAUGAGAAGUAGAUGAGGAAGACUGGGCACAGAGAAGUCACACUACAAGAUAAUAGCACCACCACCAUUUAAGUUGGUCAAAGCCUGAUCCAGAUCAGGAUUAGAUUUAUCUUGUUAAAAAUCUGUCAAGAAGUUUCUAUCAGUUAUAUUUUUCAUUUCCUCCAAGUAUGUAGUCAUGUUAUUGUCAUCAUGUUCAGCUAUAACCUUCCUUUGCAGUGUUAGAAUUUGAGUGAGUGUGAAGUUUGUACAUGGGGACAUGGGGGCACUUAGAAAAUGUAAACUCCUAAUCUGAGGGGAUGAGAGUGAAGUCAUCCACUAUGUAAGCAACCCUGUUUGUGGAAAACUUGUAUAGAAAACGGUACCGAGAGCAUGCCCCCCAGCUGCAAGAGCACUUUACACAUACUAAGUAGAUAGUUCCUGUACAGGUAAUCCAUCAGGAAAUAUAGAUGGGAUUACUAAUAUGUGAUGUACAUCUUUUGCCCAGAAAGAGACAAGCAUUCAUGAAAUUUGUUUAAAAUACAAAAUUACCUUCCUGAGCCAUGUCUUAGGAUAAUUUGUUUUGAGGCAUGUAAAUUAUAUUUUAGGUAAGCAGAGAAAUGGAUCUGGUUUAUGUCAAAAUUAUAUAUAAGUUAGUGGAGGGAUUACUCUGAUCUUUAGUAUCCAAAAAUUUACUUUAAAUAAUGCUGGCGUGUCAGAAAACAGCCUCUCUGUAGACAAAACUAAUACACUGCUACUGAUGCCUUCAUACAGGAUUAAAAAAUAAGCAUAUAUGCCACAAGUAUUGUUGUAAUCUGUUACUGGUGGGUUGGUACCCUACCCCAAUUCCGUAUGAAGACAUGAGUAACUGUCUUCAAACUUCAAAGCCAGUACUGAUCAGUCACAGCACUCAAGAACAUGCCCAAUGUGUAAGUAGACGGGGGGGGGCGGGGGAUCACCAUUCAUAUAUUCCGUGUUCACAUCUUUCUCUACCGAGGUUGUUCAUUUAAUUGCAACUUUACACAUGAAGCUUUCUGGUCUUCCUAGCUUACUGUGAAGUUAAAAGGUAAUGAAGUAGAAAUAUACUUGUAAAACAUUUAUGAAAGCUCAUCCUUAAAGUAGAACAUCUAAAAUAUCUUCAGAAGUAGAAAUCUGUUUUUUAAAAAUAGUUAUUUUCUAUCCAUGUAGUUAACUAGUUAAGAUCAUGACAUAAAUAAUCCUGUUGUACAGCUCCCUAAAAUAUUUCUUUUAACUGGCAUGCAUUGACCAAUCAUAAAUCAAGUGGGGGAGCUCUUCCUCCAUUCUGUUAUAUUCCACAUCAUUCUCCUAUGUUUGGUUUUAAGAACAAAUUCUUAAACCAUACACCUCUGUUGUUUUGUUGAAAUGGGUAAAAUGUCAAUAUACAAGCUACGUAAAAAUUUUAAAGUUCAAUUAUUAAAAAUUGCUGGGAUAGCUUUCUGUUACAGGUGGUAUUGUAUUGCCCAAGUGAGAUUACUUUAAAAAAAUUUACUGCACUUUUCUAUAACUUGAGAAUAUGGAGCCAUAAAAUGGCAAGCUAUUUGUUUAACCUAAAAUUGGUCAUGGUCAGGACACCUGACUGGCUCAGAAGAGCAUGUGACUCUUUACGGGUCAUGGGUUCAAGCAAGCCCUCUGUUGAGAGCAGACAUAAGGGGAAAAAAAUCUUUGAAAUCCAUGACAGUGACCAAUUUUAUUUUUUAAAGAAGGUAUAAAGAAGCAACUGGUCUUUGACAGCAGUUAUUUGCAGAAUAUUUAUAAACAGUUCAGAUGUAAGUCAAAAGAACUUUCUAGAGCCAAAUGUACUGUCUUUUGGAUUGAUCUUUUUUGUUUUGUAUGUGCUAUUACACAUUAGUGUGAUAUUCUAUGCGUAUCAUUAAAAAGGAAAAGGCAGCAACCCAGGAUGAGCUCUUCUGUUAUCCAUUUGUUUCUAAUUUUUUACGAGUUUUUUGCGCUCAGCAGCUCCUUCAAAUGGGGUUAGUUUAACUUCAUUACUAAGUGCUUUAAAGUUGAUGAUGAAAAUGUACUGAAGACCAGUGGUGAUAGAUGUUCUACGUUUUUUAUCCCGUAAGACCAGUUUUGUCUGAAUGGUAACUACAUGUUUCAGAUGGUGUAACAUGAAUACUAAAAUGUGAUAUCAAAUGGUUAAAGGCAGGUAUUUGAAAAUUCCUUAGUCUUAAUAUAUGUUUAUUGAAUAUACUCUAAGUAAGUGUGCAAUUUGCUAGUACUACAUACAGUGUAUCCUCUUUGUACCCUAGCAUUAGGUGUGUAUCUUCUUCGUAUCCUCGCUCUGUCCCUUUUACUUGUAAGUGCAAUCCUCUCAAGUUCAAUUCCUCUUUUACCCCUACCUAGUCUACCUUCAUGUAGAAGGCUUGUCUAGAGAGAGUAUUGUAAGUAUUUUUACCUCUACGGUGAAUUGCAUGUGCUAAUUGUUACCAUAGCUAUGGGUCUUAUGUUGACAUAACUCUAAAUGUUAUUGUAAACGUUCCCUAUGUAUCAGCUCUAAUCCUUUAAGUAAAUUUAAGAAAUAAAUUCUUGUUUAAAUUUU